UGUAAGUAUAUCGGGUUCGAUUGCAGGGCCGCUGGAUCCCGUUGGAGACCCUACAGUGAUGAGCGCCGUGUCAAAACUCGAUUCACACACAUCAGUGACGUGCAGUGUCGUGAUCGGCUUUUUGUUCCACCGGCGGGUUUGACUUUGAAAAUAUCCUUCUUGGCGACUGUGGCCGUUCCAUCAGUGCUGCGGCUGCCGUUGUCACCGGAUUGUGAUCAUCGUUUUUCUUGUUGACGAUAUUUUACAGUUUUCAAAGCCGUACAACAUUAAUGACGCAACAUUAAGUUCUUGUCCACGAAAUGCAUUUGUCGUUGCGUUCCCUCCCUGUAAAAGUAAAUUUUGUAAUGUUCGACUUUCACUCCUCGAAUCUACUUCCAUGUGCAUAUAUUGUAUUUCUUAAUGAUUAAGAAGUUUAAGUUUUAAGUUAUGCAACAAGCAAAAUCUUGCUCAGUCGUCCACUAAUUCUUAGUAAAGUGUAGCAAAUUCCCCUUCCGUCCCCCUCUUGUUCUAUGCUUGAUGAACACAUUUCCUUUUUCUCGCUUGGUGGUUCCUCUUCUUCACCCAAAAUCAAUGCGAUAAUCAAAAGUUCAUCAUCUGAAAACAUUGCUCAGGAGGCUGCCUUUUCCUCUUAUAUUCCCGUUCGAGCGGAUGUCCCCCAGGGCAGCUUUCUAGGGCCCAUCCUAUUCACAAUAUUCAUCCAAUCAAAAAUACUAAGAAAAAUAAUUAAACUGUCCCUUCUACGUUUCAAACCUAAUGACCUACAAAUCCUAUUUGUAAUUGACAUUACUAAAUCCCGAUACACAAACUUCUACAAAAAUUUAAACCUUUCCCCCAACCCACUGUUUAGUCCCAAGAAUCUCUCGAGAGAUUGACUCACUGUGAGGGAAUGUCACUGCUGGGUGUCUUCUAUCAUUUGUAGCAUGCCAGAUUGUCAUUAAGUGUUGCGUCUAAAAAUCGCAGCUGUAAAAACCAUAAUAAAUGUUUAAAAAAAAUAUAUGUAGAUAGUAUCGAAAAUUAGUUGUAAUUAUACGAAAGUAAUAGUUGUUGGAGGUGUUUCUUAAUCCAAAGACCACUUUAUCACUAUGUAACUACGUAUAAUUAUAACUGGCUGGUCGAUACUAUCAAGAAUAUAAUUCAACUGAGGUUCCGACAUACUCAUCAUGGCCUUUUUUUCAACAGCAUUGUACUACAAGAACAACUAGAAGCUGAAAGCUUCAAAUAAAGACGAAGUUUACGCAGAACUGACUUUGGAUAAACAAUAACAAGCAAUGUAUAAUGAUAAUAAUAUAAAUAUUUUAAGACCAAAACUUUUAAAAGAGGCGAAAAUUGAAAUUGUCUCAAAAUGGCUCUCGUGAUUUAAAUCCGGUGGCUUUUAUGGGAAAACUUUUGACCUUCUCCAACAACAAAAACUAAUUCCAGAUUUUGCAUUAAAAAUCAAAAAUAAACGUGCCAUUUGCUUUAACCACACACACCCCAUUCCUUUUAAAUAAGAAUAUUUUCUCAUAAUAGUAUUCUGCAAUAUUAUAAGUCAAAUUUUUUUUCCGAAAAAAACAACAACAAAUAAAUCGACUGAAUUUUAACUUAACUGUUGAAAUAUAAUUUUCAAACAAGACUUGUGAAAGUGAACAGGCUGACUUUUGUGUCAUUAAUUCCUAAAUGAAAGUUAAACCCACCCUUGGACCGCUUCAACCGAACCUUUAUAAAAGGGCUGGUAGAAAUUUAGGUCAAAUAUUUUACACGACGUUCCACGAAUAGUUGAAAUCAUGUUUCUUUUAAGGACGUUGGCUUCUUUGAUUUACUUCAACUUUAUCUGUUUAGUAUUAUGCGAUGUUGAAGGGUUUGAGAACGCUGAAAGCCAUCAUCCAGUGUACAACCCAGUAUUUGUCGAAAUGGUAAAUAAUCUUACUUCAAUGUCAAAUGAUGAGAACCGACGUGAAAAUAUCAAUGUUCCCAUCGACAUUACGGAAAUUUCCAACGAUCCAAUGGUGAAUUUGAAAGACGCUGAAAAAGAAAUAAGUGAAAUGACAUUGAAAAAAUUGUCCCAUAAUGAUACAUUAGAUAAAGAUAUGAAUAAUAUAAGAAAAGAAAAAAUCAAAUUGAUUUUUCCCACAAGCUCAUUUAAGGAGAAAUUAAAUCUAAAUAUCUCUAAAUCGAGGGUGCAUUCCCAGGGUAAUGGAACAGACAAAUCUACAAACAGUAUUAACCAAAAUUUGACUGCACAAAAUAUUUCUCUUGAAAAAUCUACAAUGGGACAUAAUAAAGUAGAAUCCAGCGGGAUUGCAUCAAUGCCAACGCCGCUAGUUAAGCUUAUUCAUCCAUUUAAAAAUUCAGAAGUGAUGAGGAGAACGUCAGAAGAUCUAAACAGCCAAGAGCUAACCCAUUUAGAGCAAACUGUUGUUAAUGAAAUGAUUAAAAAGUACAGUGCGUUAAAGAAAAACUAUAAAAAUAUGGAAAUAAUAAACAGCAGAGUGAAAGAAGUCCAACAACCGAAAAGGUGGGGAAUUUUUAAUAAUGAAAAAACCAUGAGUUUAUUAGGAGUUGAUUCACCAUCACUUUUACGGGGAUUCAAUUUAACUAAGCCUGGUUUCGGUUUGAUAUCAACAGAUUGGUUAAAAGCAAAAAUGCCUCAAAAAGUACUGGAAUACCCAUCAAUUCACAAAUUUAGGCCUGGGAGAAAGGAGCAGGAGGUUAAACCAAUUUCCACAUUGCCAAUUAUCAGCCCACCUUCAGGCCUAAAAGACAAAAAAACUGUCGACAUAACGAACGCCGGAAUAAACACAUCAGACUUGCAAGUGCCGACAACUGGUCCACCUGACAAUAAAAAAGAGGUCUUUACCAUAGAUCCAGAUACUAAAGAGGUCAUUUUUGACAGCGGCAUCGUCUCGAUUGAGUUCUUACACUUUGUCAAUGAAAAAUACAAUGAAGCUCUUGCAAAGUACAACACAGCCUUAACGAAUUACAAGGUGUACCAAGAAUUGUACAACAAAGCUAAGGAAAUGGGCACAAUUUAAUUUAAAUUAUGUGUUGAUCUCUAUUUUCUAUAUUAUUUUGUUUGUUUACAUUUCAAUGUUUUUUUUUAA